GAAGAAGAAGAAGAAGAAGGUCCUCUGGAGUUAGAAUGUCCUCCACUGGGUCUGGAGUCGCUGAAGGUCAAAGACAAUCAGCUGAAAGCGUCGUCCUACAAACGCAGAGGCCUGGGCCCUCACCGCGGCCGCCUCAACAUCCAGUCUGGGAUAGAGGACGGAGACAUCUACGACGGAGCCUGGUGUGCUCAGUACAGAGACAAGAACCAGUGGCUGGAGGUCGACGCUCAGCAACAGACUCGCUUCACCGGGGUCAUCCUGCAGGGUCGCAGCUCCAUCUGGAGUUGGAACGUGGUUCACACCUACAAGGUGCAGUUCAGUAACGACUCCCUGGUCUGGAAGCCAUGUAUGAACGGGACUGAAGAGGCUGUAUUUGAAGGGAACCAGGAUACAGAGACGCCUGUCCUCGCCCUUUUCAACACUUCCACAGUGGCCCGUUACAUUCGGAUCAACCCGCAGACCUGGUACCAGAAUGGGACGCUGGGGGACAUCUGCCUGAGAGCCGAGGUGUUGGGCUGCACAGUCCCAGAUCCAAAUAAUAUCUACCCAUGGCAGACAGAGCCGGCAGAGUCCAGAGACAAACUGGACUUCAGACACCACAACUACAAGGAGAUGAGAAAGCUGAUGAAGUCGGUGAAUGAGGCGUGUCCUGACAUCACCCGCAUCUACAGCAUCGGAAAGAGCUACACGGGUCUGAAGCUCUACGUCAUGGAGAUCUCUGACAACCCCGGAAAACACGAGCUGGGAGAACCAGAGUUCAGAUACGUCGCAGGGAUGCAUGGGAACGAGGUGCUGGGCCGGGAGCUUCUGCUCAACCUGAUGGAGUACAUGUGCCAAGAAUACAAACGGGGCGACCAGCGCAUUGUCCGCCUCAUCAAAGAGACUCGCAUCCACCUUCUGCCCUCCAUGAACCCUGAUGGCUACGAGAUGGCCUUUAAAAAGGGCUCAGAGCUGGCGGGUUGGGCCCUGGGUCGUUACAGCUACGAGGGUAUAGACAUGAACCACAACUUUGCUGACCUCAACUCAGGGAUGUGGACGGCCAUCGAGCUGGAGACGGACCAGUCCAAACUCAUCAACCACUACUUCCCCAUCCCCGAGCAGUACACCUCUGAAGACGCCUUUGUGGCAUCAGAGACCCGAGCUGUCAUCAACUGGAUGCAGAACAUCCCAUUUGUUCUCAGUGCCAACCUCCACGGUGGAGAGCUGGUGGUCACCUACCCAUACGACAUGACCCGGGACUGGGCACCUCGCGAGCACACGCCAACCGCUGAUGAAAGUUUCUUCCGUUGGUUGGCCACAGCUUACGCCAGCACCAAUCAGGUGAUGUCCAACCCAGACCGGCGGCCCUGCCACAACAAGGACUUCCUCAGAUAUAACAACAUCAUCAAUGGAGCCGACUGGCACAACGUACCAGGAAGUAUGAAUGACUUCAGCUACCUCCACACCAACUGCUUCGAGGUGACGGUGGAGUUGUCCUGUGAUAAAUUUCCUCAUGUCAGCGAACUUCCCAUCGAGUGGAACAAUAACAGAGAGUCUCUGCUGGUUUACAUGGAGCAGGUUCACCGUGGAAUUAAAGGUGUGGUUCGGGACAAAGACACAGAGGCUGGUAUAGCUGAUGCCAUAAUAAAAGUUGAUGUCAUUGAUCAUCAUAUCAGAUCAGUUGCUGACGGCGACUACUGGCGGCUGCUGAACCCCGGUGAGUACAAAGUGACGGCCAGCGCACAGGGAUACUUCCCCUCCUCCCGCACCUGCCAGGUCAUGUACGACCACUACCCCACGAUCUGCGACUUCCGCCUCACCAAGAUGCCCAAACAGAGGCUAAAGGAGAUUUUAGCGAAGGGGGGGAAACUCCCCAAGGACCUGCAGCUCAGGCUGCGCCAGCUGCGUCUACGUAAGCUCCGCGUCACCACCAAGGCUAUCAACCAGAGGCGUGCUGCUGCUGCUGCUGCCACCAAACGGGUUAGGAGGAUGUAAUGAUGAGGAUGAUGGGAACAAAGCAGGCCUUGUUCAUUUUCACUAUGACACAAUGUCUUCACUGGAGUCAUGUCACUAUUUCUUUGUUUGAAUGCUGUUAUUUAUCCACGACAACUGUACAAAUACACACCUGAUAUAUAAAGAAUUUAAUCCUCUGCUGUGGAGCAGCAGAACAAUUCACUACUUAAAGACUCGUUUAUGGCUGCUGUUGAUGCUGUUAAAAGUCACAGCAAACUCCAGAACUGCUGAAGUGUUUGGUUUGGACUUCAAAGUAUAAAUAUGUUUUGAUGGCGUGGCAAGAAAACAUCAGGGACUACGUUGGGACAAGACCUUUCCUCACGAGAAGGUGAGGCAGAUAAGCUGCCAGUAAACACAAGGAGAGACUGUACUGUACAGAAAGUCAGGCGUUCAGUCCUCACAAAAAAAACAAAACUCUUAACCCUACCUUGACUUCAGACUCUCUACCCGGAGGAGGACGCACAGUUGCAGAUGAGCAAGAGCGACGGAGGCGGCGAGGACAUCAGCUCCAUUCAAGCAUUCUGUCUUUUCACUUGUUAUAUUUUCUUUUAGUUUCCGUCAUUUUCUGAGUUUUUGUCAAACUUUAACUUUGUAACC